UUUUAGUAUCAAUUGUGAUUCAGUGAUGUCGCCUAGUUGUUAAGUUUAUUGUAAAUUUUGUGAUUCAAAAUGUGGUCUGACAGAGUAUUUUUAGUAUUAGGAUGUAUCCUCCACAGUCACUCCGUCGUCUCCUUGUGGUCUUGUACCCAAAACUCCGAUUGUUCGACGACACUGGGAGCUAUCUGUACCAAUGGAGACUGUGUCUGUCCAGCCGGCACACAGUCUAUACUAGGAGGAACGGUUUGCGGUAAUGCUGCUCCGUAUUACACAUCAGUCUGUUUUGAAGAUCAUCAGUGCUCGCACCUGGUCACCAACUUCGAAUGCCGACUUAUAAAUGAAGAAACAGGAGUCCGCAAUUGUUACUGCCAAGAAGGUUUCCACUACUUCCUCGGGAGGUGCUGGAAGUCGAUCGAUUUCGGAGAACCCUGCAAUAGGGAUGAAGAGUGCAUGAGCAUCAUGAGGGAUCCCUUCAGUUUAUCUUGUCAGGAAGGGACAUGCGCCUGCGCAGCGGGUUACUAUGAAAGGCAGAGGGGAGAAUGCAGGCAGAUCGCAAAUGCGCCCGGACAAGGCUGUGUUUUGGAUGAGGACUGUCAAUUUGAAGGCGGAGUUUGCAAUAUAAACAAUUUCCAAUGUGUUCUGGCUACCACACUGAAAUCAAGUCAAAUCAAGUCAGAUGAACCAGUUCUGAAGUACGAAGACUCACCAAUCCAAGACUUCAGCGCCAAUGUGACUGGCACCAGAAACCACGGUACUCCUUGUGGUACCGGCGGCACUUGCAACUCGCCAUUCGUUUGCUCAAACCUGGGCGCUUGUGUGUGUCCUACUGGGUACUAUGCGAGCCCUAAUGGAGCGCAGUGCUGGGCAGAGCUUGGAUCCCCAUCAACCAACCAGCAGUGUCAAGGGUUUUUAGCUCAAAAUAUCAACAACGUUUGUAAAUGUCCUGCCAAUGUGUACUAUGAAGAAAACAUGAGGGAUUGUGUCAAAGCUACCCGCCGUGUGUCUGACGCGUGUGUGACAGAUCAGAUGUGCCAUACGUUUGGGUCUGCCGCCCGUUGUGGGGCGCCACAAGAGCCCUUCUACUUGAGAAGCUGUGAGUGUAUCCCAGGACAAGCUGUGUGGGAUGAGGAGAGAUCCAUGUGCAGACUGUUUGUCGGUAUUGGCGAGGCCUGCCAAGUGAACAGCGACUGUUUGGCUGGUAAUCAGGAGAUCUUAUGUGUCGAGAAUAGCGAGGGAGUCGGCAUAUGUACGUGUCCUGAAGGCACAUCUCCUGUCGACGGACUGUGUUUGACAAGUGGCUUGGAACUGGGUGAACAAUGUCAGGCUUCAGCUGAGUGCUCGGGAACCGAACACUCUGUGUGCGAGGAUUCCGUCUGCUCCUGUGAUGCCGACUACCAACAAAUUGAUAACUACUGCGCUCCAACUAUUGGAGGCACAUGCUUGGUUGACGAUGACUGUUCCAUUGAGAAUACUGAAUGCGUGGCUCAGGACGACGCCUCAGCUCUCACCUGUCAAUGUUCAGAAGACUAUGUUUCUGCUAAUGACGUUUGCUGGCCUAAGCUGACCAGUAUAUCAACAGUAUGCAACGUCACAGCUCAGUGCACGACACUCCUCGGUCCGGCCAGCACCUGUGUGGAGGCCAGCUGUGAAUGUUCACCAGGGUAUCAUUAUAGAGAUAGCGGAUGCUGGCCGCAAAUCGGUCUCUUCGGCUCCUGUUCCCGGAACAGUGAGUGCUUCCUCCAGGAAGACUCUCAGCGAGUUGUCUGCAGGAACAGUCUGUGUCAGUGCUCAUUUGACUACCCUUACUCCGAACAGCUGAAUACUUGCGUAUCCUCGGCUACCAUGACUCUUGGCAGUAUCUUCACAAUCGUUCUUGGAGUAUUAUAUUCUAUCUAUCUUAAUUAAACGUAUCUUAUGUUAUAAGUUAAUUUAAUUUGUAAAUAUAAAACAUGUUAUAUUAU